CGAUCUCAUUAGGCAAACCGGACUCGUAUCUCCCAGUGAGCAGUUUUACAUCGCGUUUUUUUUUCUUUACUCUUUUGUGUUUUUGUUUUGUUUCACUUGCUUGACGCUUUACUCCUUUUUUGUUGUUGUCGGUCAUUCGUCGAGCUCGUUUUUUUUUUUCGCUCUCUGCGGUAAUUGUUGUGUUUUGUUGAUCUUUUGUGUGUGACUCUCCUUAAGGAAACGAUCAAUUUUGUGGUUUUAUCAGAGUGGUUCCUGUAGGAGUUCGCGAUCGCGUUUCUCAAGAAGGAAGACUGAAGAAGAGCCCGACCGGCGUCGAGAGCUAUUUUUAGACCCGACUCAACGGAAGAGCCGUAAACCACAUGGUUGAGCCGGCUUUUGUUUGAUAGCGCCGACGCCAACGCCAACGCAGAAAGAGAGGUGUGUUCCUCAAGAAGACAACACGACCGGAUCGAAAAGCUUUAGCUCACGUCUCAGCGAUCGGGGCUCGGCACUCGGUUGAGAUUUGCGCAGUGAUAGAGACAUUGAUUGGAACUUGGGUAGACUGACAAGCUAGUGUUUUAGAAAUCAGUGCUAAUUAAGACUCAUUUAUAACGUUACUCUGUCGCCGCCACCUCGAUCACCACAACCGCCGCCGACCAUUCCGGGAGUGACUAACCUCAACCAUCCGCCGGGCACACCAUUAGACCGCGCCGAACGACCUUGAUCUUGGGAAAGUACCACCACCAACCGACCGUCGUUCCCCCUACGGCCGUUCCCGAAACCGGCUACGCGAGAGGGGGCCUGGCGGUUCUCUACUAAGCCGUUGCGCGAGAGAACUACGAGAGAGUGAGAGAGCGAGAAACUUAAGGUGCAAGUGCAGCCCCGUACGGAGAUUCGCGGGGGUCGUGUUUUGAUUUGGACUUUUCCGCGUUCAGUCUUAAGUAAAAGUCGAAACAAGGCGGUCAGGUUUUCGGGAUCGUGGAGAGAUCGUGAAAUAUUUGGUCAACAGAAGAAGACGUGUGAAUUAGUGAGAACUCGAUUGAUAUUUGAAGCCACUUCGGCGUAGGAGAUUUUUUGAACACACUUUUGAUCAGUGAUUGGUAGCGGAUCAGUGAUGAGCAGUGCGUCGUCGCUCGUGGACCUGCUGACCUGCGGAGGUCAGUUCGGCAACCAGCACCACCAAAAGCCCACCAAUGGGCAGGUUUCGCGCAUGGUGUCGGAAGAUCCGUACCGGGCCAACUGCCGGAAGGACUCGUCCGACCUCGGUCAGCUGGACUCCACCGAGGAUGAAGCCGACGAGGAAGAAAUCGACCUGAGCCAGUUCGCGGACGAAAAGCAAACCCGGGCCUACUUUCGCAAACGGCUCGCCAUCUUCGAGGCGUCGAUGAAGACGCCGGCCGCGGCCAACAGGCGCCUAGCGGCCCGCAAGAUCGAGAUGGAGUCGGCUACGGCCGGGGACUACGAGUGUAUUCCGCCGAAGCAGCUGCUCAUGUACUUGGUCAGGAUGGGUUCGUUCACGUCGGCGCCCCAAAUCAAGAACGUCGACUACCAGGACGACCAGCUGCAGAUCUCGGACGGGAUGUCCAUCCCGGACCUGGUCGAGUACUGCCGGAUCAUGCGGGGUGAGGACCGGCCCCAGCUCGUGAAGCGCAAGUUUCUGCGGCCGGACGAGCGCACGGGCCAGCCCGACCUGACCGAUGGCUUCCGGAUGCUGAAGCUGGACGCGAUAUCCAAGAGUGAGUUUGUUUUUGCGGAAAGAAGGAAGAAGACAGUGUUGAAUAAUGUUGCGCAAAUUUCAGAUUGUAGCGAACCGACGACAAAUCCAGCCCAGCUGCGGAUCUUCCAGUGGAAUAUGCUCUCACAAACCCUCGGCAUGCAUAACGAUGGGUUUGUACGGUGUCCAGUUGAUGCGCUAACCUGGGAUUGCCGGCGGUAUCAAUUGAUACAGGAAAUUGUACAAAACGAUCCGGACAUUGUGUGCCUGCAGGAAGUCGACCACUUCAAGUUCCUGCAGAAGAUCCUCGCCACCCAGAACUACGAGGGCGUAUUCUUCCCCAAGCCCGACUCGCCCUGUCUGUACAUCAACGACAACAACGGACCGGACGGCUGUGCGGUGUUCUACAAAAAGGAUCGCCUCGAACUGCUGAACCACUUUACGCGGGUCCUGGAAGUGUGGCGCGUCCAAAGCAACCAGGUCGCGAUCGCCGCCCUCUUCCGGACGCGUGACACAAACCAGGAACUGUGCGUGACCACGACCCACCUUAAAGCCCGCAAGGGAGCGCUGCUGUCCAAGCUGCGCAACGAGCAGGGCAAGGAUCUGCUCGGGUUCGUCGAUGCCGUGGCCGAGAAGCGACCUGUGAUACUGUGCGGAGACUUUAACGCCGAACCCAUCGAGCCGAUCUACAGCACGGUGUUGAACUACAAACCGCUCGGACUGACCAGUGCGUACUCGGACCUGUUGGCCGAGGAGGGCGAUCCGUCGUUGAUGAUCAAGGACCUCAAGUCUUUGCAGCACCAGUCCAGCAUCAGCUCCGCGCACAGUGUCGACGACGACUGCGCCAGUAGUAUAAGCGCGGGUGGCCGGACCAAGGCCGAACAGUCCGCCUCCUGCGAGCCUUCCUACACGACGUGGAAGAUCCGCGAGGAGGGCGAAGUGUGCCACACCAUCGACUACGUCUUCUAUUCCAAAGAGCAGAUCACUGUCAAAAACUGUCUCAUGUUCCCCACGGGCGAGGAGAUCAGCCCGGACCGGACGCCCAGCUACCAGUACCCGUCGGAUCACUUUUCGCUGGUGUGUGAUUUCGAGCUGUCGUCACCAUAAAACGGCUACCCAGCGCCAAGCGAGAAACACAAAACAAUGCUACACUACCGAGAGUAUCAAAUUAGACGUUUAAGAUUUGUGAAGAAAAACGAUGCUUUUAAGCUAUGCUUAAAAACGGAUACAAAAACCCAAUUAACAAACUGUAAGAAAAUCUAACCAGGACGAAAGCUUCCGUAAACAAUUACAAAACAAGAAAUGUUACAUUAAACAAAAUAGUAAUAGUGAGUAAGAUUAGUGGCAGCUUAAUUAAGAAAGAGAGAGAGCGAGAGCGAGUAAGAGGAUAGAAGUGGAACCGAUCAAAUCGGUUUCAGUCUAUGUUUCAAUUAUUGGAAGGAGAAGAAAGCGAACCGCGCGCGAAUGAUAAACUUGUACAGCUUGUGAUAAUAGUUGUGAUAUUAAGUGGCAAAGCACACACCUUCUGUGUUGAAGAUGGGUCAAAUCGGCAGAGAAGGGAAAUCGGGAAUCGGAACAGCUGAGAAGCGAAAAAAAAGUUCCAAAGUUUUUAAGUUUAAUUCGUACUACACAUAUCGGAUGAGCGUGAAUUGAUUUCAUUAGGUUAGACCAAGCGCCCGUGCUCUGAAACGGAGUGUUGAUUUUUAUAAAAAACAGUGCAACGAGCCAUAGCCAGACAACAACAUUGUCACUUUUGGUUUUCUUUUUUUAAUUUUCUCUAACAGGCUAAUUUUAGUGGAGGAUAGCGAUUUGGUAAGAGUGUCAUUCGUUGUCAAUUAAAUCGAUAGAUAGGUGUGGAUAAAAGGUGUCUCAAAACGUGUAAACAGUAAACUAUCAAACUAUCAGGCAAAUUGGACUAAACAUAUGUUUUAAUGUGGACAGUGACAAAAAUUCUUACUGGAAUAAAGAUACCAUAAAAACAAAAAA